CAACCCCCAAAAGAUAAAACAAAUCAUAAAAGGAGGAAAACUAUCGUAAAACCAGCCCCUCGAGGUCCCUAUAGUCCCCCCUCGGGCCGCCGCCUCCUGGUUUUCUGUCCCUCAGCUGUGUUUUGUUUACGUCCCGGCGCGAGGUCACAGGUCAGGCGCUGGACUAACAAAAAGCCGGGAAGCUGGAUAAGAUGGGGAGCAAGCUGAAGCCGGGGGGCGUCCGGCGGAACCUGAAGGAGAAGGUGGUGCAGAUGUAUGAGGACCUGUUCCACGGCGUCGACCCCUGCAUCAACAACCCCCGCUUCUGGGAGGACCUCUUUCUGCUGAAGCCCAAGAUGUCAGCCCUGGAGGGGGAGAUCAGCCGCUGCACCUCGGACCAGCUGGUGGGCCUUAAGGACAACAUCAACACGCUGUUUGCCAAGUGUGUCCAGACGCUGGCCCACGAUCACAACAUUCGGGUGGUGAACGCCCUGCUGACCCUUUGCAGCCUGGUGCGCGGGCUGUACCGGAAGAUGCAGGGAGACUAUGGCUUCGACUUUAUCAACAUUCUCAUCGGCUUUGACGCAGCGGAGGAACAGAUGCAGCUGCUCCUCAACCACUGCUCAAACUUCCUCACAGGUGAAUACUGCGACAGCCUGAAGUCCCUGAGCCUCAAGUUCCUGUUAGUUCUGGCCACCGGCACCGACAACAUCAGCCAAAACACAGUCCUCGAAUACCUCACCAUCAAUUGUAACUUUGACGCGGUGAUCCAGCUCCUGAGUCACUCCAGCACCAGGAACCAUCACGGGCCUGAGGCAGUCCUGUACCUCAUGCUGAUGGUCAACUACCGGAAGCAUGAGAUGACGAAUCCUUAUACUGUCAACAUCUCCCUCCUUGACGACGAACUAAUCCUCAAUGGCUAUGGGCAGGUCAUCACGGCUUCUCUCGCUGACUUCAACCACAAGUACUCGGCACACUUCAUGGAGCCACACGGGUCUGGCUGGUUCGCCUCACUCACCUCCAUGGUGGGCUCCAUGUUCCUGUCCGAAGAGAUGGCCACCAGGAAUGAGCACAUAAAGGCUAACGACUCCUUCCUCUUGGCACUGUACGAGGCUGUUCACCUCAAUCGUAACUUCAUCACUGCCCUCACUACCGCCACGGACCCCUCCACCCCCCCAUCGCCGGCCAACACCCUGGAAAGAGGCAGCACCCCUCCCGCCCCGGACUCCACCGAGACCCCCAACCCAGCGCCCCCGGUUGAGAUGGAGACUUACGUUCAGCCGACAAACCUUCUCGUCACCUUCCUGGAGUACUGCUCCAUAGUGAUGCAGGACACCAAGACGGAGGAGAGCCUCAGCAACGUCAAACUGUGCUUCAUCAUCAUCACCUGCAUUGCCGAGGACCAGUACUGCAACCUGCUGCUGCACGACGCAAACCUGGUGUUCACGGUGCCCCUCCACAGGCUACCCAUGAGGCACCGCAAGGUCGUGCCCGAGAGGACGGCCCACGCCCGCCCACUGGCCUGCGCUGUGCUGGACGUGAUGGUGGAGUUCAUGAUGUCACACAUGAUGAAGAAGCUGCCCAUUGAGCUGUUCCUCCUCAGCGUCAGCAUCACCCACCGCCUCCUCUGCUACCAGAAGAGGAACUCUGUGCGGCUGCCCUACAACUGGAAGGACCUGUGGGCCGGCCUCAUAGCGCUGGCCAAGUUCCUGGUCACUAAUGAAGCUUACCUUGCCAAGAAGAUGAACAUUUUCCAGUUGGCCAACCAAGUCAUGAACAUCUUCAACCUAUUCAUCACCUACGGCGACACCUUCCUCUCCACGCCCUCCAGCUACGACGAACUCUACUAUGAGAUCAUGCGGAUGCACCAGGUCUUCGAAAACAUGUAUUCCAUGAGUCUGAGAUACUCCAGAACGGAUGGAGACUACAAGGAAAGUGCACAGAAGCUGACCAACUCCCUCGGCAACAUUAGGUCUAUCAUCAACCACUUCACUCCAAAGCUAGACAAGUGGAGUCAGGAGCACGGCAUCUCAACCCUCACAGAAGAACAGGUCCUGGAGGUGGUGCGGAACAACUACGACAGCCUCACCCUCAAGCUCCACGACAGUCUGGACCAGUAUGAGAAGUAUGCCGAAAAACCACAACAUGCCAACUUCUUUGCCAACAUGGUCCGCAGCAUCCUCAGCGACACGAGACAGAGCAUAGACUUCAGUGCAUUCGAGAACCUUUCCAUCCUGCAGGAGCUGGGCAGUUCAACGUGAGGGACGGUCACCGAGGAAACCUGCUGAAAUUCAGGCUUGCAAAGUGCAGGACAUCACUACCUUUACGGGAACCUAAGUGCAUUGUUUGUAAAUGAUAACAGUUAAGUGAUCUAAUCUGUCUUGUGGGAGUUGCUCAAGGACUGACUAGUAGGUCUGGUUGAUUUAUUACUGCAGUGUGGCAUCAGAAUUAUAUUUUCUCAAUCUCAGAAAUAUUACUUUCAUGAUGAUACACUUAAAACAACUGCUUUCAAACAAUGUGUAUUGAUUCACAGUUUUGAGGGCAUGUGAUUUUAUGAAAUGGACAAAUUAUUAUUAUCAAGGGUGCAGGGGUGUGUGUUUGGUGGAGUGCCAGCAAGACAGUCAUCACACUCACCUUGGAAGUGUGUGUUCCCAGGUUGGGCCCGCCGUCUGGCUAGGAACCAAUGACAUCACUCAUCUUGUUUGGCCAACACCAUAGGAGUAACUGGGAACCAAUGGCAUCACUCAUCUUGUUUGGCCAACACCAAAGGAGUAACUGGUCACCAAGACAUCGCAGAUCUGGUAUUCUACGGAAAAAAAAGUGACUCAGAAGCAAAUAUCAAACUAAUUGUUUCCAUAUUCACCCAUCCCCAUGCACAACCUUUUCCUGUCUACCCAAGGAGAGGACUUCCUACAGCUUAUCCUUUUAGAAUGGAUUAUUUCUAUGGCUAAUUAUGUGAUGGAUAUUUAUAUGAAAAGAUUAAUGAUUUUCAACUGACCAGUAGGGAAAAAGCCUUGAGUAGUGAUUGAUAAUUGUAUUGUUGUAGUUUUCCUGUAAAUUGUGAUAAACAGAAGCACCUUGAAAUAGUCCUCAGUGAAAUGGAAAGCAAGGUUUCCACUGUGUAUUCCUGCAAGUGAGGCAGCUGUGAGAGGUUAUGCAAAGCUUUGCUGAGCUAAGAUGAUCUUGGCUUCCUUCACUCAGUCACUUCUCAUUCAUUAUCUUGUCCCUUAAUCCCUAGACCCUCAAAUUACUCAUCAUCAUCCCUCAUGUCUCUGUAUCAGUCAUCACCACUGUCACCUCCAAUCCCAUUGACAGCUCACCACCACCACCGCCAUCAUCACCACUCCUUAUCUUUAUAUCUAGUGAAAGUUACGGAUCACCAUCAGGGUUGAAAGAUGCCAAAAGAAAGAAAAAGGCCUCAUCCAUUCCCUGUAUGCCUUCCCUCGUGCUCCCCAGUGUUCCCGUGCACGUCACCGCCACGGCCGUGUCUCAUGCUGUGUUGUUGCCGUUUAGGGAGGUUUGUUCCUUUCCGAUUCAUCUUAUUUACUCCCUCAUAUGUAAAAAUCAUGAUUGUGUGGCAACUUUGUGAUCAGUGUGUAGUAAGAUUAUUAUUACUGUGAGGAAUCUUCCAGUUCUUUACUCCCUCAUUUUAGGAGGGAAUUGUGGGGGGGGAGGGGACAGCCACCUCAGGAAGGUGGCCAAUUUGGAAUUUGUUGCACACAUUUUUGCAGUGCACAGUUAUAUCUUAGUAUAACAGUAGAUUUGAAUCAAACAGUUUUUAUUAUUCAUUGAUAUUGUUUAAAAAAGUAUUAUGAUUAUUUUUAUUGCAAAUGAGCUUUUUUAGGUUCACCAUGAAGUGCUAUUGUACAAAGAAUGAGCGCAGCUUGUGUUCAUAAUAUUCCUCCAGCCGUGUGUCCUACACACUCAGGAGGCAACCACUGUGUGACCACGUAUGAUUUAACACUUAGUUCUACAGAGUAAAGUACACACUUUGUUCUCAGUAAUAAAUUUAAUCCCAUAUUUGCAAAGUAAAAAAUGUUGCUGUAAACAUUUUGUAGAGGCAAAUAUUUAGAUUUGUUUUAAGUUAUGCUUAAUAUGUCCCGACUUACUUCCAGGACGUACUGAAGGAUAAACUUAAGUUGAUUUCAUGUCUGUCCUUGUGGAGUUGGACAAGAUAUAACCACCAAAUUACUUCAUCACAUCAUAUGCCUCUGUAAUUACGUAAAUAGAUUUUGGUAGGUGUGUUGCGGGUAUACAGCUUCAGAGCGUUUUCUCCCUUGAACACGUCUGGUAAGCCACUGUGCGGGGGAUGAGUUGACCGGCAUUAUUUAUGUACAUUAAACCAAUAAACCAAUUAUAUGUAA